GUGAGCUGUCAGGUUCCCGAAGCUGGGUCAGCCGGGUCAAUGGCGACCUGCUGCCGGAAGGAACUGGUGCUCCACUAUGCUCCGGACUUGAAAAGCUGAAAACCACAGCAGCCCACCCACAACCAUGUCCCACUACUUCUACUUGGCUCCAGAAGUUCUGGUUCCCUUUAGCCCUCUCACUUCUAAGGAGUUCGAGCUGAUCAGACGCAAGGCCCGGGAACUGUGGCAGGAUGAGACGCGGUGGUCCGCUUCUUCUGUGACAACCUAUGCUGGCAGCUAUCGCGGAAAGCAACCAGAUGAAGCCGCUUGCCACCGACUGGCCCAAAGAGCAGGCCAGCAGCAGUUUGAAUACAAACCGACACCAUUGCCUAGCUGCUCUGCCUAUGGCGCUCUACCUGACCAGGCUGGUUCCCAAGAGCCUGCAGACUGCAAAGCAGGCACUGCUGGCUCAUCAGCUGAUUCAUCUCGCCAGCCCCUCAGACGGACUGCUCUCAAGUGUGACUCAGGGUCAUCAUAGGACAAAGGUCCCCAGGCUCCUUCAUGACAUCCUGUCAGGGUUCAGUCCUGUUUGUCUGUCCACGCUGACAUGGCUCUUCUUUCAUACUGACUUUCUUCCC